UCGCACAAUAAAACAAUGGCCAAGUGCAGCUCGUUGAAAAGCCCUGCAUCUGCGCGAGCGACAAGCGGCUGCAGGGAAAAAAGCUUCGUCUGCUGUUCCCUUUGAACUGCGCCUAUACUGCUUUUUCAAGCGCUCGUCCCUGCGCAGAAGCAGAAGAGCGGCAGUGUCGCGGGCAGCGCAGCGCCGAGAGACGGUAUCUGUAUAUAGAAGACUAGUAGUCUAGCAGCUGUUCUGCGGGCAGCCGGUCUGCCAGCUCGUCGUCGUCGUCGUCGUCGUCGAGAUCGCGCGCGCAGUUGACGUCCGACUCGCGGCCCCUCGUGCAGCCUACUACUGCUCUCUAUUGCCAUUGUCACGCGCGUACCUACAGACCCAUCCACGCGCACACACAUACUCUCUGAGCCAUACGCGGAUUACGUAGACACUCGCAGCAAUCGAUAGCCGUAUACACAGCUAUACCUGUAUGAACGACUGAAUCGACUCUGUGUAAUACACACUAGACAGAUUCACGCAGACGCGCUUGCAGAGUAUACACACAUACGUCGGAGCUGGGAGAGCACGUGGACUAUACUUACGCAUCGUCGCCAUAUAAUACCGCUAUAUAUGUGAGCACUCGAGCGCGAGACGAAUGAAAAGAAGACGCUUGUUUGCGCCGAGAUUUUGGUGCGGCCCAGCGCGCCGACUGAAUUAAAACGAUACGUAUACACACAGACAGCGCGCGCGAGUCGAGCGACCGAGUAAGAGUGCUCCGCAGCGCGUUUGAGCGAUAAAAGAGGGAGAGAGAGAGAGAGAGAGAGAGAACGGCGAGAGUCCACACGCAUACAUACAUCCAUAGUACAAAGCCGCGGAGAGAGAGAGAGAGAGAGGGGGGGGGAGAGAGAGGUGGGAGGCGGAAACUAUCGCGUCCAAUAUACUCCAAAGUGCCAAGCUGUAUAUUUACAAAAGCACACGAAUGUUAGCAGCGCGUGAUAGGAUCGCUCGAGCGAGGCUGCCGACUUGUAUUUCAUCUCCGUAGCACGAAGAUUUUCCAGAGUCGAAUAAAACUGUGUGUGUCAUUGUGCCAAACCAAAUAAAAAAAAAAAACUAUCCAAGAGAGACUGACAUUCGAUAGAAAAGUAUAUAGACUCGAAAAAAAAAAAAAAAACAAUAUACUCUCAUAUGCAUCGUUAUUACUCGAGUCGGCCGUCAGUGUAGAGAGUUUAUCGUUGCAAGAUGGUUAAGAGUUCCUCAGAUUACGUCAAGGCCGUCGAAGGUGGUAUACAGCCUACUCAGGCGAUAGAGACGAAGAUCUACAAGCGAAGAUGGCUGGUCCUGAUAAUCUUCGUUCUGUACAGCGCGAGCAACGCUAUGCAAUGGAUACAGUACAGCAUCAUAACCGAUCUAGUCGUCAAGUACUACGACGUCUCGAGUUUCUCAGUCGACAUGACCAGUAUGAUUUACAUGAUCACCUACAUACCCUUUAUCUUCCCAGCGAGUUACUUUCUCGACAAAUUCGGUCUCCGAUGGGCCGCGAUCCUCGGAGCGCUCGGCACCUGCGCGGGUUCGUGGAUUAAGGUCUUCAGCGUCAGUCCGGACAGGUUCUGGGUGUCCUUCGUCGGGCAAACUACGGUCGCCCUGAGCCAGACGUUCAUCCUCUCGGUACCAGCGCGUCUGGCAGCCGUUUGGUUCGGACCCGACCAAGUGAGCAGCGCUUGCAGCAUAGGAGUCUUCGGUAACCAGCUCGGAAUCGCAAUAGGCUUCCUCUUCCCGCCGAUGCUCGUGACCAGCAGCGAAGACAUCAACGUCAUCGGUCAAGGUUUACAGCUGAUGUUCUACAUAGUCGCUGCAGUCACCUCCGUCAUCCUCGGGCUAAUCCUCCUGUUUUUCAAGGACCAGCCACCCCUACCGCCGAGUCCAGCCCAGGCUGUCCAGCGGGAGGUCGACUCGCAGGAGAGCUUUUUCUCAUCGAUCAAGCGAUUGGCCACCAAUACCGGCUACCUACUCCUACUGCUCAGCUAUGCCAUCAACGUCGGCAUUUUCUACGCCAUCAGCACUCUCCUCAAUCAGAUUAUUCUGAAGCAUUUCCCGGGCCACGGCAUGGAUGCGGGAAGGAUCGGCUUGACUAUUGUCUGCGCCGGAAUGCUGGGCUCCGUUGUCUGCGGCGUCGUGCUCGAUAAGACGCACAAGUUUAAGGAGACGACCUUGGGCGUUUACGUAUUCUCUUUUCUGGGAAUGAUACUGUUCAGCUUCACGCUGGAUCUGCAGAAGAUCGUCGUCGUCUACGUGACCGCGGGACUGUUGGGAUUCUUCAUGACGGGCUACCUACCCGUGGGCUUCGAGUUCGCAGCUGAGCUGACCUACCCGGAGCCGGAGGGUACAGCAGCCGGACUCCUCAACGCCAUGGUCCAGGUGUUCGGAAUAGCGUUCACCACCUUCUACGGCUACCUGAUCGGCGUCUGGGGCGACUACUGGGCGAACAUCGCUCUCUGUGCCAUCCUGUUCGUCGGUGCUCUUCUCACCUACAUCAUACCCAACGAUCUCAGAAGACAGAACGCCAAAUUCUAGACUGUAGACUGCGUAUAAGGCCGCUUUUAACCAACGUUGCAUUCCGUCUUUUUGGGACAUUCGUUAUUGUAUUCCGAGUAGAGGGUAUAUGUACGUGUACUGCAAUUUUCAGUUGAUCUAGUCAAGCGAUGUGUACAAGUGUUUGCGAGCCGUUUUAUUUUUGCUGCGCUGAGAGGGUACAAUUUCAACGCUUUUACGAGGUGAUGAUUAUGAUGUCGCUCUCUUGUCCUUGUGUCGAUAUAUGUACCUGUAUACAUAAUACCAGAAGAAUACUUUUUAAUGUCUGUAUAUCUAUACUGUUGAACGAUUUCCGACAUAUCAGUAUAUGUAUAUCAUAAUGCUCUGUACAACCCUUCACGACGAAUCUUUUAGGAUCUUAUAUUGUGAAUCUGCGAUUUUAUCUCUGAUCAAUGCACAUAUCUCUUAAUUCUGUCGUGGAGGGUCGGCGAACUGUAAAUGUUAUACACGCGUUACAAAAGGAAACCUGUUCUUUUCGCGGAGUAGAGCUGCAUUCGAGUUUUAUAAAAGUUAUAUAGUUAACCGUGUUGGCUCUCCGGAUUAUACACAACGACGGAAUACCAGAUAUGAUAGGCUGCAAUGUACACACGUAAGUAGUGGGAGAGAUCCAAUUCGAGUUUAGUUGAAAAGUCGGCAUAAAAGUUGUGAUAAUUUUUACACUUGGCCUAGACGUGGAUAUAUAUAAUUAUAGCUCUUUUAAAUAUAUUAUUCGCUGCCAACUAUAAUUGUUAUAUAUAGAUAUAAUCCAUCUAGCGUUUAUAAGUACGCACACAAAGUAAUCCACCGACAAUAAGUAGCGUCUGUAAUUUUAGUAUUAAAUGAUUAUAUCGAGCGUUAUUGCGAUGUUAGGCUGAUGAAAGUAUCCGAUUAUAAGAUGGAGAAGGAAAGAGGGAAAAAAAACAAGGUUCUGAUCUAGGCAUUUUUGCAAAGGACAAUACUUGAUACGCUUAUGCGAUGUAUUUUACAUAGUUGAAAUUGUAUAAAAAGGCACUUUAUUCCUCUUGUGCAAACAGAAAGUUGUAAAAAACUCUAUAUCUCAUGAUCGUUUGGCGUUGAAAAGUUUUCGAACUUAUACAGCGCGUAAAUUGAUUACACAGUUGGGCAGGCCGAGGCAUCUCCGAAACGCGGAGGCGUAAACCGGACCGAAAUAAGUCUGGAACGAGCGAAGUUGGCAGCGAGAUAGAGUCUGGACAAAGCCGCACUGCUAUAAAAAUAUUUACUCUCUUUCUGACUGUUCGAAAACACGAAAAUACUUUGUUUGUCCAAGAGGGAAAGAGCAGACAACAGAAUGUUCGACGCUGUCUGAGUAUAAACUUCUGUAGAGAUAAGCGAACAAUGUAUUUAUGUAGAUUAUUAUAGAUCGUGCAGUUGAAAAUAAUUGUUGAACAACGAAUAGCUGACGUAUAUAUAUAUAGCGUUAACCGAUAUGGAGCGAGGAGCUCGGUGAUAAACUGACUCGAUGUUUUGUCAAUUAACCGAAAAUUUUGGAAAGUAUAACCGCGAAAAUUCAUAUCACUAACUUUACACAAGUACACCGAGUCGCCUUUAUCACUGCACGCCCCUUUCCCGGCAGUACAAUAUUCUAUUAACGUUCAAUGGAAAGUAUAUGAAUUAAUGUAGAACGUUUAAUAUUAUAUAAUUAUACGUUGAUGUUAUGCCUCUAGGCUUUAGAGAAUACUCGAAGAAAAAAGUCAUCGCGUUAUUUUUAUCGUUUGUUUAAAGAUGAUUUUAAAUACGAAAAUAAGGCCAAGUAUUUGAUCAGUGAUCAUAUAGAAAGCCAAUCGAUCGACUUGUAGACGACGAGGAAUUGACUUUUAAUUGCGCGAGAUAAAAGAGAUAUAGUGUGCGAAGCCAAAUGUAUAGUCGAAUUUUGAAGGAUUUACUCGAAAGUGAUUUUGAAAAAUUAUCAGUUUCCGAUGUGUCAAACGGCGAUGCUGUUUCGUGAAUAGCACAAGAGUGCGCUAAGUAACGUGUAAAAAAGUAUCAAAGUCAAUUAACACGUUAGCCUAUAAUAAUGCCUAACUGCAAAACUUUGUCCAUUCGUAAACAACUCUAACUGUCCGUGUAGACUGACAUUAUUUGUUCAUUCUUUAUUCCUCGGACUAUAAGCAACAGUAGUACAAUAACCUUUUCAGCCCAACUACCUCGAGUAUCUAAUGAGCACACUAUGAAUUAUUAUAGCGUCAAACUACUUGCGGUCUAAAUAAGCGCUCCUUCCACAGUACUCACUAACUGUUUGAUAAUAAGAUACCUGUCGAUUCUUUCGAAUCGUGAGCAAUUUUCUAAAUCAGCUCUUGAGACAAUAACGAUAUUAAUCGUGUAUACGAUCGCGCUACACAUUGUAUACUUUUAUGCAUGUCUUUUAUACACUAGAUUACUUUAUCUUCCAUCGCGUUGUUGCGGAUUAUGAGAAUAAGUCGAUUAAAAUUUCAUACCUCGUCGUCUACAACAGAUUUCUGAUUGAUUAGCUUUCUAUAAAAAUAAAGGAUGAUUGAGUGUGAUCGAAUGAGGACUGUUUAUAUAAUGGGACCAUAAGUAUAUCAUGCAGGAGUCGUGAAUUCUGAUGCUAGGUAGGGUGUCGAUAAUGAUGUGAUGAUAUUCGUCAUUUUUUUUUCUUUUAAUUAUAUGAAAAUAUAUCACAAAACGAAUACGGCCGUUUUUAAAUUUUAAGAAAAUUACGUAGAGCAUAAGUAUUUUUAUAAACGAAAAAAAGCCACGAUGCCAUGUACAAAAGAAAACUGUCGUGGUACGUAUUUCAUUGUUGCGGAUUAUCUGAGUAGGAUUCUGAAAAAUUGUUAUUAUUAUAUUUUUGAUAGAAUAUAUCUUUCAUAGAACAACAAUUCGGGACGAUUUUCUUGCGUUCUUGUUGUUAUCUAUAAAUUUUAUGUAAACCUAUACAUUUUGAAGAAAUAAAAAUUAGCAUGGUGAGGGAAUUAUAGUUACCUACUUUUUCGAAUUUUCAUUUCUCCGCACUCUAUUGACUAUAUUGUACAUAUAACAUAUAGCCCUCGCGAAUACAUAUAGCUCUAGCCUUGUAAGUCUGCAGAACUUCGCUAAACCUGUCAAUAUAGCGAUGAAGGUUAUAUUAUUCAAAUAAGCGGCCAAGCUAAUCAUGGUCUCAUUUCAAGCGCACGCAAACUGUUGAUUUAGUGUCAUGUUCAAAAUUGAAAGUUAAUCUUCAUCAUUAUCCAACGCGUUAAAUGCCUCAUUUCAUCCACCCCGGCAACCAUGACACUAAAAUUGCUUGCCAUUACAUCCGCGACUGAGGUUAAAAAUUGAGGAAAUAAUUUUGCGUCAACGAUAUCUCCAAAAAUGUCUUUUAUAUGCAUCCUGGGAAUCGUGUUCCAAUUGAUAAUUUUGGUAACAUUGAGCGGAACUUUGGUUGCCUUUGCGGCGUUCUCCAAUUUGCUCGUUUUUACAAUAUCCAUCGCGACGCCAAUUUUCCUGCUAGUAAUACGACACACGAGUAAAUUUCUAUUCUAUUCGGUCAGUCUAUUACUCGUGCGGACUCGAAGCGUGCUCAAGCAAAUAGAUUGUUCCUGGCUAGUUUUCCCAUCAGAACCAAAUCAAGCAACAAUGGUAAACGAGCGCCCAUCAAAUGAACCAAUUGCUACGACUUAACCGAAUUACCCUGCAGUUCAAGAUGAACUUCGCUUCGAAAUGACGCUCUCUAUUUAAAUUAUACAAUUAUGAGACAAUAAAACUAAAUUUAGAAGCGCA